AUGUCACUGAUAGGCUCACUCCACCGAGAUUGUGUAAAACGAGAACAUAUUAACAAUUUCAUGUCGACUAUUCCUGUAUCUAAACAAACAAUCGCUCAGUUCUGGUUGAAUAUUUUGAACCCAGCAAUAUUAUAUAAGUGUGAACAACAAAAGCAAUCGAUUAUUUCAAAAAAUUACGCAUUUGAUAAUACAAACGUUAUACAAGAUUUAUUACAGUUUAAACUUCACAACAAUAUCACCACAAGUAAUGAACAAUUCACUGAAGCGUUAGAACAAUAUGUUUAUAAGACAGUAAAUGAAACACGUAAAAAUGUUGUAGAACAAUUACUGAAGACCAUACCGGAUAAUAGUGGGAAUAAUUCGACUUCUCUUACAAAGCUUGCACGUAACCGUCGUAAAUCAUCGAUAAAAAAUAUGUCAUCGGCAACUAGGAAAGAAAAUAUUUUAUUCAAUAUUAACUUAGUUAUUGAUAAUAGCGAUGAAUUUGUUACAGAUUUAAAUGAUAAAGAUAUGACAGAUGUAUCCAACAACAACAACGAGAAAACUGUAGAAACAAAUGAAAAGUUGAUCGUUGCUACAGAAGUGCCAUCUGAUGAACGAACAAUCGAAAAUAUGUUGUUAAUAUUGAAAGAACAUAACCCCACCGUUAUCAUUGAUCGUUUAAAUAAUUUUAUCCGUCCAUGGUUAAUUGAAAAGGAAUUUGAGUUAAAUCCUGUUGAAUUGUUUUCGUCAAUAAACGAAAUAAUGAAUAGACAUAUCAAAUAUUUUAUUCCCUAUUGCUUUCUACAAUGGAUUGUUGAUGGAGAAAAAAAAUGUUUAUUUUAUAAAAAUGAAAAAUGUCGAUUAUUUUUAUUGAGUCUGUUUGAUAACAUUUCGAUGAUGAACGAACGUUAUAAUUUAAUUGUGAAACUGUGUGAAAAUACAUCAGAAAUAUUUUCUUUUAUUGAACUUUGUUUAGUUGAAAAAUGGUUUGAUGUUAAUGAUGCAUAUUUCACAAAUGAUCUACAUGAUUUAUUUACAAAAAAAAUUAACACAUCGUCGAGUGAACUCUGUGGAAAUGUAUUCUGUUCAAAACUUCUUAUUAAAUAUUUAACAAAAUAUGGUCAACAACUAACAAAUGAUCAACGUCUGAUAAUUAAGCACACAAUUGAUAACAAUAAAACACCAUUUCAACGAAUUUUACUCAAAUGUUACGAAAAACUAGGAUAG